CUAACUUGGACUUCAACUUCAGUCUCCGAACGGCAGUCACCAUUUCGCCAUCGGGGAUUUCUAAUUCAAUUAUUUCGCCGCCUUCACUCCAGGCAGUCACUCAACAACUCCAUAGCUCCGCUGCCCCUCACUUCACUUUCGCUACAUGCUUGGUGGCGAGAAGCGCCUUAGCUGAUAACACCGUUGAUAUCUUCCAGGUCACAUAUACCUCCCACCCGUGCAAAGGCCUUGUAUCUGCCGUCGGGCCAGAUCUUUAUGUGCAGCUUGACUUGAUUUGGGAUACGUAAGUUGCACAAGACUGGGAGCGCGACGCGACCAUCUUCCGCCCCGUCGCGCUCAUCAUGGCAUCAAACGAGGAUUGUGCAUCGGUUCUCGAGCAGUUCAUUCAUGAUGCUGCCAAUCUGCCGGCCGAGAUCAAUCACAUGAUGGAAGAAAUCCAGGCCAAAGAUAAAGACCUGCAGAAAUAUCAGUCGGUCAUUACUCAGAAAGACAAUAAUCUGCAAAAGCAUAUCAAAAUGAAUGGCGUUCUCGCCCCGCACCCCAAGGAAAACGAGUACACAGAUCUGAUAAAGAAGAACUACGAUCUCUGUAUCGACCUUCAGAAUCAGAAGGUAACCUUGAGCGAGAGAGCUUGUAUGCUGCUUGAACGACAGGUCAAGCGGUUAGACUUGAAAAUCAAGGAGUUGCAGAACGAUGGUCAGCUGCUUGACGGGCCCCCGCUUCCCAGCGUGUUCAACCGCAAGGCUGAGUCGCAAAAAUCCCUUAUCGAUUCGACAUCAAAUCUUCCCCUACAAAAUGCCUCUGUUAGUGCCCUCAACGCGAACGCCCACCGAGCGAACGCACAAGCUGCCGCCACUCCACAACCGGGACAAACCAGGCAACUCCCACAACUGGCAACAGCUACUGCUCCCACUCAACGAAGCUCUGCCCCUGCCACCCCCGCCUCAGCAGUACAACAGCAACGGGGCCGAGAACGUGAACACUCAUUAGGCGCUGAUACCAAGCGACGUAAACUUGGAAACCCGCUCGCGGGCACAACUCUACCAGCUCAGCCUUCGAGCCUGCGCCAAUCAUCCCUGGGCCCCGGUACACCGAAAGCUGGCACUCCCACUGGCACAAGCAGUCGUGCUGGUAGUAUUCCUCGAACCACAGGAGCUCAACAAGCUGUGGCUCCCACCAGGAAAUCCGGCCUCUCGAAGAAAGUUGUGUCACAUCAACAAGUCAACAAGCUCAAACAAAAGGGCUCGACAAAGGCGAGGGUGUCAACCGGACGGAAAAAAGGCCUAUCGCCAUCUGUACGCGGAGGACGGGGAGGAACGACCGCUUCGGAAGACGCAGAUUCCGUUCUGUCCUCUGCAGAUGCUUCGGAGACAGAUGCCUCGCAGUCCAGAGGAAGGCGGGGUCACAAGAAGCAACCUGUUGAUGAGGGCGAUGCCGACAUGGGCGAAGAUGAAGACAUGGAUGACGAAGAAGGCGAAGAUGACAAGCGCUACUGUAUCUGCAACCAACGCAGCUACGGAGAAAUGGUGGCUUGUGAGAAUGACGACUGUCCCUACCAGUGGUUCCAUACUGGCUGCUUGAACAUGAAGAAGGUGCCUGAUGAGGAUGAGGAUUGGUAUUGUCCCACGUGCAGAGAGAAGCCGGAGGUCAUCGAAAAGGUGCGCUUGAAGAAGAAAGGUGGUAGGAAGUAGCUCCUAUUCUGCUAUUUGUGCGAGUAUUAAAAUAAGGCAUGUCUGAGCAUUCUUCGACUUGAAUGAUAUAUUGCCUAUCGCUA